AUGGGGGGGGAUUGGAACUGCUGCACAGACGUCACUUUAGACCGGACAGGACAGGAGCUCCAUCCUCAGUCCUCCUCUUUUCUGGGCCAGACAGUCAUGGAGGCGGAUCUAGUGGACGUGUGGAGGAGGAAACAUCCUUCCACCAGGCAGUAUACCUGGAUAAAAAUAACAGAUGGCAGGAAAGACUCGUUUCCCUCCCUGGGUCAGUGGUGGGAGGUCGGCAAGGGUCAGAUUAAGGUCUUCUGCCAGCAGUACACUGCAUACUCUACAAGAAACAUUAAAAGAGCGAUGGAGCAGUUGGAGGAAGACAUUAAGGAGCUGGAGAGGGAGAAGGCCAAAGGAGCUCUGGUCCGAGCUCGGUUCCAGGAAUUAAAAGACAUGGAUGCACCUACCACGUUCUUUUUUAACCUGGAGAGAUCCGUGGCCCAGGGGAAGCAGAUGGUGGGUCUCCGGCUGCCGGAUGGGAAUAUUACAUCUGAACCAGCAGAGAUGAGGAGACACGCGGUGGAGUUUUAUACCGACCUGUUUGGGGCAGAGGAGUGUGACGGGGAAGCUGUGACCGAGCUGCUGCAGGACCUCCCACAGCUGAGUCCAGGUGAGCGAGACAUCCUGAGCUCGGACAUCACUCUGGAGGAGCUGACCACUGCUGUAUCUCAGAUGGAUGACGUAAACAUUCUUGUCCGGGAUCAGGGGGACAUACAGGAAUUAGAGGGCAGUCUGGCAUUGUACGCAAAGGCUACGACCGCCAAGGUGAACUGGGAAAAGAGUGAGGCCAGUGUGAUUGAUGCCUGGAGGACUCUCACCUUCACGAGGCCUCCUGACCCCACGCCUGGGAUGUGGCUCUUUGAGGAGCCACUGUUUAACAAUGGUUUCCUGGUCCUAACAUCCACAUCCUCAUCAACGACAGUACAAAACAAGUUCAGGGAGGCAGGAAUAGGGAAGCUGGGCCACCUGACACGGACAUCACUUGAGAGGCUGGGGGCGGUGACAGGGAUAAGAUCUACCAGGAUGCUGCGGAGCCUCGUGGACGAGGUGUGGCAGUCACUGCCCCAGCCUCUUCGGACCUUCGCCCAGAGCCAAAGCCAGGCUGACCAGUGGACAAGAACAGAACAAUACCAGUUUCCUGUCCUGAAGGUCCGCAGUGAGUUCUCCCUGAAGACGCACAUCAAGCUGGACACGAUGGUGAAGAACAUCAAUGACAUCGUGCCCCUCGCCCAAGGCACCAUGACGGGCCUCGCCAUCAAGUACGUGAUGAACGCAGCCUUCAUCGCGGAGGAGGGGGACAGGCCCAAGGUCCCCAACGUGGUCGUGAUCGUGACCGAUGGACGUCCUCAGGACCGCGUGGCCGAGGUGGCGGCGGAGGCCAGAGAGAAAGGCAUCGAGAUCUACGCUGUGGGCGUGGCCAGGGCCGACAUGACAUCACUGAGGGCCAUGGCGUCCCCGCCGUUUGAGGACCACGUCUUCCUGGUGGAGUCCUUCGACCUGAUCCACCAGUUCGGACUCCAGUUCCAGGACAAGCUCUGUGGUGUUGAUCUGUGUCUGGAGUCAGAUCACGGCUGUGAACACGUCUGUGAGAGUUCACCAGGCUCCUACCACUGUGUGUGUCUGCCUGGACACACACUGAAGGCCGACGGGAAGACGUGUGCAGCCAUCGACCUGUGCGCUGAGGGGAAACACAACUGUGAACAGAUCUGCAUCAGCUCCCCUGGUUCCUUCACCUGCGACUGCAACAAAGGAUUCACACUGAACGACGACAAGAGGACCUGCUCAAUGAUCGACUUCUGUUCGUUUGGGAACCACAGUUGUGAUCACGAGUGUGUGAGUGUGCUCAACGGCUAUCACUGCCGCUGUCACGAGGGCUACAGGCUGCUGGACGACGGCAAGACCUGCCAGGCCAUUGACCUGUGUGCUGAGGGGAAACACGACUGUGAACAGAUCUGUGUCAGCGCCCCGGGCGUCUUCAGCUGUGACUGCAGAGAAGGACACACACUCAACGAGGACAAGAAGACCUGCACACCCAUUGACCUGUGUGCUGAGGGGAAACACGACUGUGAACAGAUCUGCAUUAGUGCACCCGGCACCUUCACCUGCGACUGCAACAAAGGAUUCAAACUCAACAAGGACAAGAAGACCUGCACAAACAUGGACCUGUGCAGCAGCGUGCAGCACGGCUGUGAGCACCAGUGUGUCAACACUCCUGGAUCCUUCUACUGUGUGUGUCCAGAGGAGCAGCUGCUGCAGGAGGACGGCAAGAGCUGCGGCACCUGCAAGUCGGCCAACAUCGACCUGGUGCUUCUGAUCGACGGCUCCAAGAGCGUCCGCCCUCAGAACUUUGAGCUGGUCAAAAAGUUCGUCAACCAGGUUGUGGACUCCCUGGACGUGUCCACUCACGGCACCAGAGUGGGUCUGGUCCAGUACUCCAGCCGGGUCAGGACAGAGUUUCCUCUCAACAUGUACCACUCUGCUGAGGAGAUCAAAGCUGCAGUGAUGAAGGUUGAGUACAUGGAGAAAGGGACGAUGACGGCUCUGGCCCUGAAGCACAUGCUGGAGAACAGUUUCUCCGAGGCCGAGGGCGCUCGUCCCGCCAGCCGCAACAUCCCCCGCAUCGGACUGGUCUUCACCGACGGACGCUCCCAGGACGACAUCACCGAGUUCGCCAAGAUGCCCAAAGAAGCUGGCAUCACCAUGUACGCUGUGGGCGUGGGGAAAGCUGUGGAGGAGGAGCUUCGUGAGAUCGCGUCCGAACCCGUGGAGAAACAUUUCUAUUACACCAGCGACUUCACGGCCAUCAGCACCAUCGCUGAGAACCUCAAGCUGAACGUCUGUCCAGAGGAGAGUCAGGGGGAGAUCGAGGUGAAGGACCCGUGUGCCUGUGAGAGUCUGGUGGAGUUCCAGCAGGCCACCAUGAGCAGCCUGGAGCAGCUCACACAGAAACUGGCUGGGAUGACUGCUCGUCUGGAGCAGCUGGAGAACCAGCUUCUCACCAGGAAGUGACCAGGACGCCACAGAGGAAGAAGGACAGAGUGAGGAAGAGGAGGAAGAGGAGGGCACAUCCUGGAGAGAUCCUUUAGAGCAGGAAUCAGAAAUCCCUUCUAAUCAAUGGACCAUCCAGUGUUUCCACGAAGCCUUGGGGGCCUUCAGUAGAUCUCCUGAUCUUCACCUUGAUGAGGACCACAUUUAUCUGACAGCUUGUGAUUAGGAUUCACUUCUCUGGUAAAGAUGUAAAAAAUAAAUCAUUUGUUUACUUAUUGCCUUUAAAAGACAACAGCGACAACAAUCUACGAUUCAAAAUAAACGUUUGUAGAAAAUAGAUGAAUAUUAACAA